AUGCUGACGGUUGGCUACCGGGUUUAUUUAUCUACAAGGGCGCAAUCUAGUGAAUUAUCCGAUUUAAAGAAUUUAUUAACACGUUUACCUUCGACAUCGGAAUUUGUAAGUCAAUUUUCCUUCAUCUCAAAUGAAAAGAAGAAUGUAGUCUCACUCAAAGUUGAUCCACUAGUGUUGAAUGAUGUAAAUCCCCUUUUGCUACAACGUUGGGCACAUAAAAUGGACGAGCAGUUUGAUUGUCUCAAGCGCGAUAUUCCGGAGCAUUGGGGUACAAUGACUGGCUCUUCAGUGCUGCAAUUGAUUUAUGCUUAUCAAAACGCUACAAUACCUGGUGUCAUGCCGGUUUGUUUACGAGUUUAUAUCGAUGGUUUAAAUGAAACACUUCCUAUUUCUCCUCGUCUGGAUGAGUUCGCACCAGUCCUUGGAUCUAACGCUCAUUCAGUCUCUGAUGAUACCGUAGCUCUUGUGUUCGUUACGGUGCUCAAAGAAUACGAUUUAUCUCAAUACUUCCCUCCGUUUCUGCGCUCCUUCAUGGGUUAUGUUAAGCGGAAUUUUGUGUGUCGCUUUGGUUUAUUAGGCUGUCACUAUCCAUUUCACUCUUCAUUAUUCUUAAUCGAAUCUCCUCAGUUCAUUUGCGAAACCCUCAAUUUUGAAGUAUCUAAUGAUGAAUGUAGAAUUGCAGUCGACCGAUUGCUGCUGCAACUAGUGCUUAAGUGGAACUUAAGUUUGCCAAAGGCUGAACGCUGUCAUAUUUUAAUGAGCUUCAGCAAGGCGAAACUACCUCUGACCCAAGCGAUAAUAAGAAAUAAAUGGCUUCGAAUAUCUUUGCCAGAUACUUUUAUUCUUGACUUGAGGCCUUAUCACGGUAUGACUUGGCCGAAAUAUCUGGCUCAUCUUCGCAAGCAAAAUAAACGAGUACGUGAAGCUCCUUUUGAUAAAGCAAAUGGCAUUCGACUAAUUAAAAAUGAAUGGGAACUUAAAGACUCUCAAUUCGUUGUUAGUGCUCAUGAACAAGUAGCGGCUCAACGUAUGAAGCACGAAUCAACUCCAACAAUGAUGAAACCUUCGGUCGACUUCAUUGAACAGCUGAAGCGUAGUGGAGAAUUAAUCAGUGAUAAAGAAGUUGAUCCUCUACAUGUAAAUAAUUUGGCUCGACUGGUUCAACUGAAAUUAAAUAACCAUAUUGUGGCUAGCUCUGUGUUGUUUCAGUUCUACCCUUCGUUGAUCACAUCCGACAUUGCUGGUUUUGACUACGAGAAGCUGAAUCAGUAUUUAACAGAUUCGAACCAAAAUAUCAAAUUGUAUCCAGUCAAAUUGGCUACAGUUACUCGAAUGGCGCUCGAGAAUAAAUUCGAAUUCGUCGAAUUCGGUCCAACUACAGGUGAAUCAAAGAUUUCUAUCGGCUGUACUCCUGUUCCAUUUUAUGGUGGAAUUUAUUGUACUUCAAGAAUUCUGCGCAUGUUAACAGUCAUUAUCGCUGCAAGUCACUUUGGAUUUGUUUCGAAAAGUCGUACGCUCGGAGACUGA